AUGGCUCAGUUAUUCGAGUUUGACGAUGAGCAGCUCGCGUCAAAGAUCGAAAAGCUAGAUUUGAGAGAGCCAAAUGAGCUAGAUGUGCCUAAACUUGGAGAGUUUGCUUCAUCUGACGGGGUUGGAAGUCGGCUAGCAAAGUCCUAUGAAGUGCCCAUCGACCUGCCUUAUCAGGCAGGAAAACGCAAAAAGAAGGUGACAGAUUUUCAACCAAUCAAAGUCCUGGGUAAAGGUAGCUAUGGUAAAGUCAUAUUGGUCAAGGAUAAGAGUUCAGGUAAAUUGUACGCACAAAAGCAGCUCCGCAAGGCUUCCAUGAUUGUGAACGCAAAAAAUUACGAAAGAACACUGACAGAAAGAACCAUCUUGGAGCGAGUCAGACACCCAAACGUGGUCAAACUAUUCUAUGCUCUUCAGGACUUUGAUAAAUUGUACCUCAUUCUAGAAUAUCUAGAAGGUGGAGAGUUAUUUCAUCAUUUGUCGCAAGAAAGGAUCUUGUCCGAGAAAAUUGCGUGCUUCUACGUAGCCGAGAUAAUCCUUGCUCUUAGGCAUUUGCAUCUGCACACCGGUGUGAUUUAUCGCGAUCUCAAACCAGAAAAUUGCAUGCUCAACCGACGUGGACAUUUGGUUUUGACAGAUUUUGGUCUCAGCAAAGUGUCUACUGAAAGUAGUUCACUUUUUGGAACCGCUCAGUACAUUGCCCCAGAAGUUAUCCAAGGUGAACGUUACGAUAGCCAAUGCGAUUGGUGGUCUCUGGGAGCAGUCACGUUUGAUCUGCUGACGGGGUCGCCGCCAUUCACUGGUAACAACAACAAAAAAAUCAUGGACAAGAUCCUCACGCAAAAAGUCAGGUAUCCAUUUUAUCUUUCGCAGGACGCCAGAGACUUGCUCAUCAAGCUUCUCAACAAGAACCCGCAAAAAAGGCUCAAUUGCGAUACUGAGUUCGAUAAAAAAGUUCGAUCCCAUAGAUUUUUCCGGUAUAUUAAUUGGCAGCAUGUUAUAGACCAAAAUGAUGCAGAACAGCCACCCCCAAUAGUGCCCGUCGUGACGAACCCCGAGCUGGCGGAGAAUUUCGAUGAAGAAUUCACCUCAAUGAAGAUCACACCGCCAAGUUCCCCAAUUGAACAUUCACUGCUCAAAGAAAUAGAGGAAGAGUCGAGAUCCACUAGCACGUCCUCGUACAUCGCAAUUAAAAAACCGACUGCAGACAACCAAUUCGAGGAGUCCGUGUACUUUAAUAAUUUCUCGUACACCAAUGAGGAAUACUUGGUGGAUCUGAAAGACCACGAUUAG